AUGGGAAGCAAGAUCAGUUGGUUUAAAUUUCCUAUCGAAUCACCAGUACCAGUCAAAUCGGAAACAAUCGAAACUGCGACUUUGGUUCCUAAAUUAUCAACAGGACUAGAGGAGAUAUCAUUAGAAAACCAAAAUAUUACCAAUGAACAAGAACAUGAAAUGCAUGAUAUUUUAAAAAAUGACACACAAAAAGAUUUUAUUCUUGAUUUGUCUCAUUCAAAAAAAGAGAAUGAUAUUCAAAUAGAUGACAUACCAGAACUACAGCGAAAUAUCGACAUUCAACUGCCUGAAAUUAAUAUGGAUACACAAUUUACUAAUGAUGACACUUUGUCUAUUAUUUGGUUAGACGCUGAUGUUCACGAAAGUAGGGAAAACAUUGAACUGCAAGAAAAACUCAAGACAAUAACAAAAUCAUUGACAGUGUUCAAUGCAGACGAAGAAUGUGAAGAACAUAUUCGACAAUUGCCAGUAGGUGAAGAAGUUAUUUUGAUUGUGGCUGGUACUAUUGGUACUGUUAUAAUACCGCUCGUUCAUGAUUCAAUACAGAUUCGAGUCAUUUAUAUUUAUUCACAUGUAGAUAAUUAUUACAAAAAGAAAUUUGAACAAUACGCAAAGGUAAAGGACGUUAUAAUUAGUCCGGAUAUGUUGAUGAACAAUAUUCACAUGGAACAAAUUCUGUAUCAGAGAGGUGCCGAAGAACAAUUAUCUCUCAACAUUUACAAUCAACAAGAAGAAUCAUCGGAUUUAAAUGAUCGUUUUAUAUGGAUGUAUGUAUUUAUGAACAUAUUUUUUCGUAUGAAUCACUCGUUAUACUCGUCGACAAUAGCUGAUGAAAAGAGAGCACUUCUUGAAAAACUUUGUGAAAUGUAUAAUGACAUUGAAAGUUUGCGCGUAUGGAAUCAUUUCGAUGCAAAAUAUUCACGAGAUCAAGCCAUUCAAUGGUAUACCAAUGAGGGACUAUUUUAUACAGCAUUAAACAGAACUUUACGCUGUAGAAAUUUGAAGCUCUUAACUGUUUUUCGAUUUUUUAUCUUUGAUUUGUAUGAACAGCUGAUGCAGACAUAUGAUUCUCAAAAAAAUAAACGCAAACAUGAGAAAUCUGACCAGUUACUACCAAUAUAUAGUGUUUAUCGUCGACAAAUAUUGCCAUUAGGUCAAAUUCAACGAAUGAAACAUUCUAUUGGUAGUUUUGCAUCAAUAAACUCAUUCUUUUCAACGACUAGAGAUCGACAUAUUGCAGAACGAUUUCGAUCGAAAUCAUCUGAUGAAUUUACCAUUAAUCUUCGAUGCGUACUAUUCAAGAUUGAUAUUGAUCCGAAUCUGAAUAUACGCCAAUAUGGUGAUAUUCAAGAUAUUAGUGCAUAUAGAAAUGAAAAAGAAUUACUAUUUAUACCGGGAACAAUCUUCCAAAUCAAGAAUGUUUCUAAAGCAAACGAUUAUUUUAUAGAAUUAAAAUUAUGCAGUGAAAAUGAUAAAAAAAUUCAUGAUAUUAUUUCCAAAUGGAAACAAUAUAUUGAAUCAAAAUUAAAUCAAUCACAUUUAUACUGGUUCGUAGAAGAAACGGAUAAACUAAAUCAUGCUGAACAAUAUUAUCGAUUAGUAUUGAAGUAUUUACCUAAAAAUGAUUCAUUCAUCAGUUAUUCUUAUCAUGGCUUGGGAAAUAUUUACAAGAAGAAUGGAAAAUAUGCUGAAGCGAUUACAUAUUAUACUGAAGCACGACAAAUCUCUAAUGAUCGUAGAUGGCAGGCAAAAUGUUACAAUUCCAUAGCCGAUGCCUAUCUAUCAAUGGACAAUGAAAAACUUGCUCUACACAAUUACAAAGUAGCAAAAUCCAUGUAUGAGUGUGAAACUAAUCAAUCAUACCGAAAUAUUGCUGACUGUUGCAGCAAUAUUGGUCGAAUCUAUCAGAAAAUAAAGAAUUAUAAUAAAGCAUUAACAUCAUUUCAAGAAGUCUUGAGUUUAAAUGAAAAAAUUGCUUCAAAAGAUUCUUUACAUAUGAUUACAUCCCUAAUGAAUUUGGCUAAAACUUAUUGUCUCAAACGUGAUUAUGAGGAGGCUCGCAAUUAUCUAAAUAGAGCACUACAAAUGAGUCAAAAACAUUUGAAACCAAACGAUCCUGAACUUGGUUCUAUGUAUAAAGAUAUUGGUAAUAUUUAUCAAGAAGAUAAACAAUUUCAUUUGGCUCUUUCAUUCUAUCAUAAAGCAGCUGAAAUUUAUUAUUAUACAUAUCCACGAACAGAUCAGCAUAAUGUAGAUAUUCAAAAAUGCAUCAGAUACAGCAAUUAUAAACUGAAGUAA